AUGCCAACUAAAUUUGUAUGGAAGAAAGAUGUUAGGAAAUGGCAACCAAGGAAAAGAGGAUUUGCAAUAGGUAGAGUUUUCUAUGUGCCACCUGGUACAGUUGUCUGGGAAGCUGCGUGGAACUAUUUGUCUGAGGAUGCACAAUUCGGGAUUAGAGAACAAUUGGGAAUUACAGAUUUGAUUUUAUCUGAAGAUGAGAAAAAGAAUUUUGCACUUAGGGAGAUAGAAAUAAUGCUUUCGGCUAUGGGAAAGAGUUUGAAAGACUUUCAGUCGAUGUCAGAACCGGAUUUUGAGAAUCAUGCUAGAACCACCAAUCGGUUGAUACAAGAGGAAUUAGCAUAUGAUAUUAAUGUCAUGAGGGAAGAGAAUGAUACUUUGGUGCAACAACUCACUGAAGAGCAAAGGGCUAUAUAUGACAAUGUAUUGCAAGAUGCUGAGAAUAAUGAUGAGAUAGUUUUAAACGUUGCAUCAAGUGGCAUAGCUUUUCUUCUACUACCAGGAGAAAGAACUGCACAUUCGAGAUUUGCAAUACCAAUAGCUGUUCAUGAAUAUUCAACUUGCAAUAUCAGCCAAAGUAGUCCUUUGGCACAGUUGAUCAUGCAAACUUUGGACCGUACUAUGAGAGAUAUCAUGCGUGCCAAAAAUCCAAAAAGCUUGGAUAUGACUUUUGGUGGAAAAACCGUGGUGUUAGGGGGAGAUCUCAGACAGAUUUUACCAGUCAUUCCAAAGGGCACGAGGCAAGAUAUUGUGGGAGCAAGUAUAAAUGCAUCAUAUCUUUGGAGAAGCUGUGAUGGAACAAUUGGUGAUUCUUUGCAUGGAGAAUGUGAGAUAAAUAUUCCUCAAGAAUUUGUGCUAACGUGUGUUGAGGAUCAUAUUUCUACAAUUAUUGAUAGCACAUUCCCUAUGUUCCGCAGUGGCCACAGAGAUAUUACAUAUCUAAAAGAUCGUGCUAUUUUGGCACCAACUUUGGAUAUUGUGGAUGCAGUAAAUGAAUACAUGAAUGACUAUAAUAAUGCUGAAGGAAGAACGUAUCUCAGUUGUGAUUCGGUUUGUAAAUCUGAUUCAAAUGUUGACAUGCUUGCUGAUCUGCACACUCCGGAAUUUUUAAAUGGAUUACGGUGUUCUGGGGUUUCAAAUCACUCAUUGACUCUGAAAGUUGGCUCACCAGUUAUGCUUUUGAGGAAUAUUGAUCACUCAUUGGAGUUGUGCAAUGGUACAAGAAUGAUCAUUUCAAAGUUGGCAGAUCAUGUUUUAGAAGCUCAAAUACUAUGCGGGGCAAGUGCUGGUACAAAGGUCUUAAUUCCAAGAAUGUCCUUAACACCUUCUGAUCCAAGAUUGCCUUUUAAGUUCCAAAGAAAGCAAUUUCCACUGAUGUAG